AUGAAGGGUAGGGGGCACUUUGUACCGUUCAAAGAACGAGGACGGGCGCAUGGCCACGAGGAAACCCAUCGCUUGAACAAAACUCUCCUCGACUUUGGGAUCGACCGACGCAAGCAAUGCCCGGUCAACGCACUACUCACCGACACACUCAUCCUCGCCAACACCGGCAAAAAGCCUCUCCGCGUCCGCCUCUACUACCCCUACCGCAGCCACAAGUUUUCGCUGCUGUUCAACAAAAAAGAAAAGGCAAUCGUUGUUGAGAUGGUGGUCAAACUCACCACCGUUAUUGACCAGCCGGUCUAUAUCGAGGUUGAAGACAUUGGCCACACGCUGUUAAACAUCAAACUGGAAUCUGAACUCUCGACGCUGUUUGAUUAUGAGGAGAUCGCCGUGCAAGGGCCUGCGAUCGGCAUCGGCGGCUUUGGGCGGGUGUUUAAGGGGACGUGGCGUGGAGGAGAGGUGGCCGUCAAGGUGCUAAAGGAUCAGAACCCGUCUGAGCCACAGGAGCCACAGCGAUAG